AUGAAUCCCUCUACUCCAGCUUCUGAUGUGAGAACUUCAAGAUUAAUUUGGAAGCUGAAAAUCCCCCCAAGGGCUGCAGUCUUCACUUGGAGGCUUCUUAAAGGCAGGCUCCCUACUAAGGAUAAUCUCAUAAGAAGAAGUGUGCUCAUCCAGGAGGAUGUUUGUCCUCUUUGUGGUCAAGAGCAGGAAGAGGUUUUUGAUAAAGACAUUGGGCAAGAUAAGCAAUUGGGAAUAGUAAAAUUUCCACUUAAUGACUUGGAACCAGAAACUGAAAAGGAGUUUGAAUUGAGGCUGCUGUCAUCACUUGAUACACUGAAAGUGAAAGACAAGAAGGAUCGAGGAACCAUAACCAUAAAGAUCUUUUAUCACCAAUUUAACAAGGAAGAACAGUUGGUUGCACUAGAAGCAGAGAAAAAUAUACUAGAAGAAAGGAAGAAACUUAAAGAAGAGGGAGUUAUAGGAACUACAAUGGAUGCACUAGAUGGAGCAGCCUCGGCAGUUGGGUCCGGUGUUGGAAUGGUUGGUACUGGUGUUGCUACUAGUGCUGGACUUGUGGGGACUGGAAUUGGUGCGGGAGCUGGACUUGUGGGGACUGGAAUUGGUGCAGGAGCUGGACUUGUGGGGAUUGGAAUUGGUGCUGGAGCCAGUCUUGUUGGCAGUGGCAUCGGUGCCGGAGUUGGUUUUGUCAGCAGUGGUCUUGGUGCUGUUGGUAGUGGACUGAGCAGAGCAGGAAAGUUCAUGGGAAGGACAAUCAUUGGGCAAGGUAGUUUUAGAAGGAGCGGCUCAAAUACUCCUGUCAAUGUGAGGGGGUGGGAAAACGAUUUUAAUGUUCCUUUCCAUCAAUGGUCCUCAGCUAUGGCUAUGGCUUUUAAUUAGUGUGUGGUCUGUAGGGUUGGGCUUUUGGUGAUUUAUUGUUGGGCUGAUGUA